AUGUUUCCCAUGGACGGUGCGCGGCUACAGGUGAAGAAAGAGGCUGACGAGUGUUCUAUUGAGAUGCCAGCUUGCUCAGUGGUGCGGCCAGAGAACCUUAUGUCCAAUUACCUGGACUUUUCCGAUUCCCGGCGCUGGGAUACAGCAGCGGGGGCACGCGAGCCGAGUCUGGAUGUGAACAAAGAUGGCGGCGCGCGUCCGCUCAUUGCAACAGGCUCAAUGACUCUGAAAUUCUCGGGUAGUGGGAAUCUGGAGGCGUAUCUGGCCCAGUUUGAACUAUUGGCUGCGGCAGCGGGCUGGUCGGGCCAGAGGAAGGCAGUGCAAUUGGCUUUAUCCCUGACUGAAGAGGCGGCUGCCUGUUUGUUGCUUCUGUCUCCAGAUGAGAGACAGGACUAUGCUAUGCUGGUGGGAGCUCUGCAGAGGCGUUUCGGAGUGCUCAAUUUAAAAGACUCCCUGCGCUGUGAGUUCAAGAACCGAGUGAGGCGGCCGGAUGAGUCCCUUCGCUCUCUGGCGCAUGAGAUUGAGAGCCUGGGCAGACGUGCAUAUUCAACUUUGCCAAGUGUGAUCCAGAGUGAGCUUGUGCGGGACCAGUUUGUGCAUGCCCUGACCCCAGUUGAACUGCGGUUACACGUUCAGCUUAUCCAUCCGGUGUCGCUCAGCCAGGCGCUGGAGUUAGCUCUGGAGAGAGAGACUGCAUUUGGUGCCUCAAAGUGUACUGAACUUAUGGUCACUGCUGCAACUAAGGUGGAGCCCGAGUAUAAACCCGCUUGGGCGGAGGAGCUGAUCCAUGCUGUGAAGAACCUCGCUGGGUGUGGCAAGCCCGGCCACACUCCGUCGCUGCCCGGAGGCAAAAGGUCAACGGGGAAACGAGAGAGGGUCUGUGUAGCCCGGGAGACACAGGCCCUGUCCACCGUCGACCGGGAGCAGCUGUUCUUCCCUGAAGGGGGAGACGGCGUUACAUUCCCUCAUGCAGAUGCUGUGGAGACAGUGGGCUGGACAGAGGAGUGCCUGGUGUAUCUGGAUGAUGUCCUGGUCCAUGGAAAGUCUUUCCGAGCGGCCCUAGACUCUCUGCGGUUGGUGCUUGGUAGGAUUGCGACAGCCGGAUUAAAGCUUCACCCGGAUAAGUGCCACUUCAUGCGGAGGGAGGUGGAGUUUCUGGGCCACAAAGUCGAUGAGGGCCAGGUGGCGCGCUGGCUGGAGGAGCUGCAGUUGUUUCACUUCGAGAUUGUGCAUUGCCCUGGAACACAACAUGCUAAUGCUGACGCCCUGUCUCGGCGUCCGUGUGCAUCAACCGGGUGUGGCUACUGUGACCGGAGAGAUGCCAGAGAGGAGGAACUGCGAGGGGAGGCUGCCGUGGCUGAGCCCGCUUGCUGCUCUGUAGAGGAAUAUUAUUGGGGCCAGCACCGUCGUGAUGUCGAGGACUUUUGUCGUCGGUGUGAUGAGUGUGCUGCCUACAAGGGGCCUCAGGACCAGUCCCAUGCCCCCCUGCAGCAACAAGCAGUUGGUGCGCCCAUGGAGAGGGUAGCUGUAGACAUUAUGGGCCCUUUCCCAGUCUCAGAUCAGGGAAAUAAAUAUGUGAUGUGUGCAAUGGACUAUUUCACAAAGUGGCCCGAGGCCUAUGCCCUGCCAGACCAGGAAGCAGAGACAGUGGCAGAUACACUGCUGGAGGGCAUGUUCAGCCGUUUUGGUACCCCAGACAUCAUUCAUAGUGACCAGGGCAGAAAUUUUGAGUCACGUGUCUUUGCAGCCCUUUGUGACCGGCUGAACUUGCAGAAAACCCGUACCACACCAUUGCAUCCACAGAGCGACGGCUUAGUGGAGCGUUUCAACCGCACUAUGCAGCAGCAAUUGGCAAUCCUCACUGCAGCUCACCAGCGUGACUGGGAUAAACACAUUCCCCUUGUUCUGAUGGCCUAUCGAUCUGCUGUCCAGAACUCCACUAACUGUACCCCGGCUCUGUUGAUGCUGGGCAGAGAGAUACGGACUCCGGCAGCUUUGGCUUAUGGACGUCCCCCAGGGGAUCUGGAGGACGUGCCGGGACCAGAGUAUGCCAGAAAACUACAAGAUAGAAUGGAGUCGGCUCAUGCUUUUGCUCGAGACCAGUUGGAAAAAGCUGGUAUGAGACAGAAAAGGAACUAUGAUGUGAGAAGUAAAGAGCAGGUGGGGGAGGUGGUCUACAGAGUACAGGUUCCCCCUCGAGGCAGGAAGGUAGUUCUUCACCGGGACAGGCUCGCACCAUACAGGGCCACCAGCUGUGGCAGGAACUAUCUGUGGGUCCAGUCCCGUCAGAACACGGAGAAUCCGGCAUAG